CGCCGCCUGGCGCUGGCCAGCAGCUCCAAGCACCGCUGCCUGCAGAGCGGGGCGGCCUUCCGCCGCGGCCUCGGGCCCACCCUCGACUUCGGCGGCGACGAGGUGGAGGUUGAAGUUAACGACUCCCUGAUGCGGUUCUUUGAUCACUGUGCCAAGUUUGUAGCCCUGGUGGAGGAGAAUGACACGGCCAUGUGCCAGGUGAAUGCCUUCAAAGAGGGGCCCGAGAUGAAGAAGGUCCGGGAGAAGGUGGCCAGUGCCUUGUGUUUGCCGGUGGAGGAGCUAAAUGCAGAUCUUGUUCAAGUGGCUUUCCUCACCUGCUCAUAUGAGCUAGCCAUAAAAAAUGUGACCUCCCCGUGGUGUUCUCUCUUCAGUGAAGAAGAUGCUAAGGUGCUGGAAUACCUGAAUGACCUGAAGCAAUACUGGAAAAGAGGAUAUGGCUAUGACAUCAACAGUCGUUCCAGCUGCAUCUUAUUCCAAGAUAUCUUCCAGCACUUGGACAAAGCAGUGGAAGAGAGCAAAAGCUCCAAACCCAUUUCUUCACCUUUGAUUGUCCAAGUUGGGCAUGCAGAGACCCUCCAGCCCCUGCUUGCCCUGAUGGCCGCUGGCACAGCACCCCCAGGGCCUCUCCUGACGGGCCCUUUCCAGCCCCUCUGCCCCAGCCUGGAGCUGCAGGGCUUGGGGUGA